CGCGCGGCGCGGCGCUGGGCGCCCCGGGCGGCGGGCGCGGGGCACCAUGAUGAGCAGCUACCCGGACGGCGAGGAGGACACGGUGGCGCUGCUGGCUCAUGACACCAGCGGCAGCAAGGAGCCGGAUCGGGGCAAGGAGGAGCUGAGCGCCGACAAGGGCCCCGAGAAGCCGGACCCCUCGCAGAAGCCCCCCUACUCCUACGUGGCCCUGAUCGCCAUGGCCAUUCGGGAGAGCGCGGAGAAGAGGCUCACGCUGUCCGGGAUCUACCAGUACAUCAUCAGCAAGUUCCCUUUCUACGAGAAGAACAAGAAAGGCUGGCAGAACAGCAUCCGCCACAAUCUCAGCCUCAACGAGUGCUUCAUCAAGGUGCCCCGGGAGGGUGGCGGCGAGCGCAAGGGCAACUACUGGACCCUGGACCCCGCCUGCGAGGACAUGUUCGAGAAGGGCAACUACCGCCGGAGACGAAGGAUGAAACGGCCUUUCCGGCCGCCUCCGACCCACUUCCAGCCUGGCAAGACCCUCUUCGGCCCCGACAGCUACGGCUACCUGUCCCCGCCCAAGUACUUGCAGUCCACCUUCAUGAACAACUCGUGGCCGCUGGCGCAGCCCCCCGCGCCCAUGCCCUACACGUCCUGCCAGAUGUCUGGUGGGAACGUCAGCCCCGUCAAUGUGAAAGGACUCUCGGGCCCGGCGUCCUACAGCCCCUACUCGCGGGUGCAGAGCAUGGCGCUGCCCAGCAUGGUGAACUCCUACAACGGCAUGGGCCACCACCACCACCACCACCCGCACGCCCACCACCCCCAGCAGCUCAGCCCGGCCAGCCCCGCGCCGCCCGCGGCCCCGGCGGCAAACGGAGCCGGCCUCCAGUUUGCCUGCGCCCGCCAGCCCGCCGAGCUGUCCAUGAUGCACUGUUCUUACUGGGAGCACGACAGCAAACACAGCGCCCUGCACUCCCGCAUAGACAUCUAGGGAGGCUCCGGCCAGCCGCCGUCACAGAAAUGCACCGGCCCCGCUGCCCCUCUCCUACCCCGCCGCGUUCCCCUGCGCUCCGCGUCUCUCCUCCUCGUCUCUAGCCACGGACUUCCCUCUCUCUGUGCCCAAACUCUCGCGGUGGGGAAAUAGCAGCCUUGCCCCGCGCGUAGUGUCAGUGUAGGAGCCGUUCCUCCACGAGAAGAAGGCAGUGUGUUGCUUUUAACAAGAUGUUCAGAAAAAAAUUGACCUGCAGUUCCUCUGCUCCUGACUUUGGAGGUGAUAUCGCUUGAUGCUUAUCAGCCACAACACCUGAGGCAUUUGGUACGAGGCUCCUGACUGCUCCCCACGCUCGGGUACGAGUGGUCCUUGCUGCACGAAGGCUGCCCCGCAUCCAGCUCCUCAUCCAGCCCCUCAUCCAGCCCCGCAUCGAACCCUGCAUCCAGCUCCUCAUACAACUCCACAUCCAAUUCCGCAUCCAACUCCGCAUCCAGUCCCGCAUCCAGCCCCGCAUCCAGUCCCGCAUC